UCAGGAAGAGGAUGCAUCUUUGACAUUUCGACGAGUAAGGAAGAGAUAUCGACGAUUCUGACAUCGCUGAACUCAAAACAGGGAGGCAUGAGGAUGCGGUGGGUGCUGGUGGUGGGCGCCGUGUCGCUGCUCGUGCCGCCGCCCGCCGCCUGCGCGCUCAGGUCGCUGCAGCGAGGACACAGCUACAAGAUCAGCCCGAAGCCGUGCUCGGUGAACAGCGUGGAGGGCACGUGCAUGUUCGUGUGGGAGUGCAUCAAGAGCGAGGGCCGGCACGUGGGCAUGUGCGUGGACACGUUCAUGUUCGGCAGCUGCUGCGCGCACAACGACUCCAGCAACGAGGCGCUGCCGCCGCCGCUGCCGCCGGGCCCGCCGGGAACCCCGGCCGUGCUCUACGUGCCCCCGGAUCCUCCCGUCACCUCGGCCAGCGGCAUCCACUGGAGCUCGAAGCCGGCGAGCACGUGGGGCGUGUGGCAGCAGCCCAGCAGCACGGAGCCGCCGUUCGUGACGCGGCCCAGGCCCAGGCCGCGCCCGCCGCGUCCGACUCGCCGCCCCACACCGCCGCCCCCACCCACUCCGCCGCCCACGCGCCGCCCCACGCCGCCGCCUCCAACCACGCCGCCGCCCACUCGACGCCCCCCGUCAACUCACUACACUGCUGGAGCUACUGCCACCACCGUCACGCGCCGUCGCCCGAGCACCACGACCACCAGCACGACAACAACCACCACAACGACCACUACCACCACGACGACCACGACUACCCCGCGGCCGACGACAACCACCACUACGACGACGACGACAACGACGACGACGCCGCGGCCAACGAGCCCCGCGCAGCCUUCCGUGUCGACCGUGUCGGCCACUGGCGAAGGCGGCGUCCAGUGUGGCGUGCCCCCGCUGUUCCCGCGGCCCGAGAUGCGCAUCGUGGGUGGCAAGAACGCGCCUUUCGGCGGCUGGCCGUGGCAGGUGUCGGUGCGCCGGACGUCGUUCUUCGGCUUCUCGAGUACCCACCGCUGCGGCGGCGCGCUGCUCAACGAGAACUGGAUCGCCACCGCUGGCCACUGCGUCGACGACCUGCUGACGUCGCAGAUCCGCGUGCGCGUGGGCGAGUACGACUUCUCGAGCGUGCAGGAGCCACUGCCGUUCGUGGAGCGCGGCGUGGCGCGCAAGGUGGUGCACCCGCGCUACAACUUCUUCACGUACGAGCACGACCUGGCGCUCGUGCAGCUGGAGCGGGCGCUCGAGUUCGCGCCGCACAUCGCGCCCAUCUGCCUGCCCGCCACGGACGACCUGCUCGUCGGUGAGAACGCCACCGUCACCGGCUGGGGCCGCCUCAGCGAGGGCGGCACGCUGCCCUCCGUCCUCCAGGAGGUCUCAGUUCCAAUUGUAAGCAACGACAAAUGCAAGUCAAUGUUUCUCCGUGCUGGUAGACAUGAGUUCAUUCCAGAAAUAUUCUUGUGUGCAGGCUAUGAAAAUGGAGGACAGGACUCCUGCCAGGGUGAUUCCGGUGGCCCACUGCAAGUUCGUGGUAAAGAUGGGCAUUACUUUCUAGCAGGAAUCAUCAGUUGGGGCAUCGGAUGUGCUGAAGCCAACCUGCCUGGAGUUUGCACACGGAUAUCGAAAUUUGUACCAUGGAUACUUGAAAAUGUGACAUAGUUCCUCAUACUUGUUAUUGAGCCAGCUUUCUUGAAAAAUAACUCUGCCAGUACUGUGAAAGUUCCAGAAAUAUCAUUGAAUCACAGUCAGAACAGUAGACCAUCAAUGCAAAGGAAAUCUGACACAACAACUAUGAUUAGGUUUAAUGAUGCAAUUUACUUUUCAUGGACUCAUUGGACAUUACCAAAAGUGAUGAAGCAUCAUGCCACAUGAACUGUCAAUUUGUAUUUUUGCUUUACACAGUUGGAAAUGUGUCAACCACAUAAUGUGAAUGUUGUAACAAAUGACCUCAAAGUAAUUUGUGCUAUGAAUGUUUUGUGUACUGUAUUAUCUUUGAGUUAGCACACAAAGGAUUCAAAUCAAAUGAUGGUCAAAACAUAAAAGGAGAGAGACCAUACUUGCUGCCCUAGGGAGAAAAUAUUUUUUAAAGCCAA